UCAUUAUCUAAAAAGAACUCGAACCAAAGAGCAACUGUUUUGAGAUUACACCGAUGGCUUUACAGCUAUCAGGACGGUGGUUACUGCCGUGCUCGAAUAUCGCUCACUUCACUCAAUGCCGAGUCUCUCCAGACCCGAACCCCAAAUUUUCUCAAACGAAAGCUCUCUCAGCCGCAGCUUCUCUCUCCUCGCCUCCACCAACCAUCCAGAUUGUGGGAGGUAAAACACCAACAUGGCGUGAAAAUGGGAGUGUCAAUGACUCGGUCGAAGAUGAAAUUGAUUGGGUAGAAAUAGAUUCUGAUCUUCAGUACUGGACCAGGGCACUUCGUCCAGUGCAGUGGUAUCCUGGGCAUAUUGCAAAAACAGAAAAAGAACUGAAAGAACAACUCAAGUUAAUGGAUGUGGUCAUAGAAGUACGGGAUGCUAGAAUUCCUUUAUCUACUACGCACCCUCAGAUGGAUUUAUGGCUUGGUAAUCGAAAGAGGAUUUUAGUUUUAAACCGAGAGGACAUGAUAUCCAGUGCAGAUAGGAAUGCUUGGGGAAUGUAUUUCUCAAGUCAGGGAACCAAGGUUGUCUUCUCAAAUGGGAAGCUUGGAAUGGGGACGAUGAAGCUAGGUCGAUUGGCAAAGUCUUUAGCAGAAGGAGUAAAUGUUAAACGUAGAGCGAAAGGUCUCCUUCCUCGUCCGGUUCGAGCUGGAAUAGUUGGGUAUCCAAAUGUCGGGAAAUCAUCUUUGGUCAACCGUUUGCUUAAACGAAGAAUGUGUGCAGCUGCUCCUAGACCUGGUGUUACAAGGGAACUGAAAUGGGUUCGAUUUGGGAAAGAUCUUGAGUUGCUGGAUUCUCCUGGGAUACUCCCAAUGAGAAUUAGUGAUCAAGCAGCUGCAAUAAAACUUGCUAUUUGUGAUGACAUUGGAGAGAGGUCCUAUGACGUUGCUGAUGUUGCUGCCAUUCUUGUUCAGAUGUUAGCAAAGCUUCCAACAGUAGGGAUGAAAACUCUUCAAAACCGCUACAAGGUUGAUGUGGAUGGGCCGAGCGGUAAAAUAUUUAUUGAUAAGUUAGCCCUUCGAUUGUUCAACGGGGAUGUCCACCAAGCAGCCUUCCGUAUCCUGUCUGAUUUUCGAAAAGGGAAGUUUGGUUGGGUUGCACUGGAGAGACCUCCCAGAUAAUACUGUUGAAUGUUUUUCGCUGGCAAAUCUAAAACUGUCUCGGUUCAAGGAUACAAUAGCCAUCAA